GUCAAUUGUGUGUUGGUCAUUUACGUAGAGCGGCUAGACGAUGGCUUACAGUACUGAACAGUUUGUUAGGCACAAACCUUUUCUCAGUAAAGACAAACUAGACGAAUACUGGAGACAGCUGAGUGGAAGGAUUAUGUUUAAAGCGGAAGAAGAAAUUGUGAAUUUCUGCCACUGUACUGGCAUCAAGGCAAGGAGGGAAAUUAUCAAUGACGGCGUCAUAUAUGGUUCCGAAACGGAUACUCCAUCAUCCGCCCCAUUAGCGAGUAAUGAAGAAUUGAGGGGAACCUGGUUUAGUUUAGCCACUAACGACCUACCGAGGAAAUCACCUUACGGGUCACAGAGAAUGAAGAUUCGUGCUGAAGAUUUCAUGGCCUGUCUGUUGAAGAAUGAACUGAAGCUGAACACAAAUGAUACAGUCAAUGGCACUGAUGAAUCAAAAAUGCCAGAGGACAGUGAAGUCACAAAGGAACCUUUGUUGUUCUUUGAAUGUGCUCAUCGCUAUGGAAACAGGCGAUAUGCUCGACUGCUUCUUGUCCGUGCGUCUGAUCCAAUGAUCACGUGGUGCAAAAACACGUGCAAAGAAAUCAGCUUGCGUGACAAUCCAGUUCUUGAAUACAGGGAUGGACGAAUCUGGUCUCGUGCACACGGACAACGAAUGGGCGUCUGGUCUCGUUCACAUGGACAAUGCAUAGAUGUAACUGUUGAGGUUCUUGUUGUUGGAGAUAUAUACUUAGACCAAGUGUCUCAUGGACUUGAAUGGGAUAAAGUUAAAAAGUCUAUGAGAGCCGGAGGUGACCCGAUUCUAGGAUUGUGAUGAAAUAUAUACUGAACCAGUAAACAUAUAAAUACUGACGUAAAACUUUUUAAAUAUUAGCUAGUAGGAGACAUGUGCAAUGUAAAACAGUCUAAUACAAAUAAUUUAAUAUCAAUUUUAGUUACGCGUUUCGUUAUCAUUUAACAUCUCUAUAUAUAUUACAUCAUUUGAAAUUACUUUUAUACAACAACAUGAAGUAAACCAUUUUAAAAGAAG